UUUAGGUUAAGAAAGCUAGUUUGAGAGAAUGGUUGUUGCUGGCCAAAGUUCAUCAAAUUCGAAUGGUAAUCUUCACGUUGCACCACCAGAAGCGCCUGAAUAUUCAUAAGCCAAAACAUAUCUCCCUUCUUUGAGUUUGAGAGAAUUACAGAGAUUGAGAGAUGAUAUUCAGUCUGAUAUUGGUCGUCGUAUUCAAGAGCAAAUACGUCAAACACAAGAAGAAGAAGUUGCUCGUGAACGAAGGGAGCGAAGAAUCGAGGCUCUCUAUAGUGCAUGACUACCCAAAUUCUUAGAAUGGCGAGAUCGGAAAGAUGAGGAAUGGGCUGAGAGGCAUGCCAAGACCCCAAGAUAUGGAAUUGCAACUGAGAGUGAUUCCGUGGCUUCUGACGGAUUUGAGUAUGAUUUGGAGGAGGUGAACACCAGUGACCUUGAAUCUGAUGUUGCGGAGGAUAAGCUCAAGAUGAAUGCUUAUCAUGAUGGGAAGACGAGGAGCCGAUUUGAGUACGAACUUACCAAUCCCAAGAUCUUUGCACGCACCAUAAAUGAAGGUGAGCCAAGCAGGAUAAAGGUAAACAGACGUAUUGCCAAUUUCGAUGAUGAGGAAACUGAGGAUGAAGGGGAAGAAAGAGACGGGGAUAGUGAUGCAGGAUCAUCUUCCAGUAGAACUUCUCCUGCUCCAUCUGACAGUGAUGGCGAGCGCUAUGAGGAAGAAGGAUGAGAUACUGAUGAAGAUGAUUGGUGGUAAUCUCUUCAGCGUUAUCAGGAAAAGCUAGAUUUUCAGGAUGGCAUAAAGCUUGAAAACGAUCAAGUUUUUUAGAAUACAACUUUUCUGGUUUGCAUCGGAGAUAUUUCAUGACCUCCAUGAGGAACUGAUGACAACUUCAGCUAGAGGUCAUGGACUAAUGACUCGUCUUCAACAGAUUGAGGCAGAUGUCCCAUUAGUUGAGAGAGGAUUGCUUUCACAGACUAGUUUCUCUCAAUUCCUUCAUAAUGGAGGUGUUGACUGGCAUACAAAUUUCAGAAUGGACCAGAAUCAGAUUACUCGGGGAGAUUUGCCUCGAUUUAUAAUGGAUUCUUAUGAGGAAUGUCGAGGCCCACCUCGGUUAUUUCUGCUUGACAAGUUUGAUACUGCGGGUGCUGGAGCUUGUUUAAAGAGAUAUUCUGAUCCUUCAUUUUACAAAUCCUCUUCUGAAACAAUACUAACAGAAGGUCAGAGCGAAAAGAGAGCCCGUAAAUUUAAGAGGAAAUCCGCAUAUCGGAAGUACGGAGAAACUCCGGGAUCUACCCCAACAUCUCAUCCCAAAUUGCAUGAGUUGUUGUCAGAGGAUAAAAUCCAGACUCAGAAUGGUCGUCCCCCCAUUCAUCAUGUGAGAUUGAAAAGGAGGCCAUCAAGUUCCUCCGUUCUUAAUUCCCCAACUGGGAAAAGCUACAUGGAGAAAUAUCUGGUUUCUGUUUCACCCUUAAGCAAACCUCCUUAUGAAAGUCCUCUGCGGUUAGAGAUGGAACCCAGUAAUUCGUCUGAACUGAUUCAGGAAAUACAUGAGGUUCAUGUAAGUAGUAGCCCUGUGAACAAAUCAAGGAAGAGAGAGAUAAGUUCAGUUCCAUCUCCUAGUAAACAGGGCAUGGUUCGAGAACAAUCUUUGGAUGAUUUGAAUGUUAACAUUGUUGAGAAAGAAGUUUUAAAGUUGUCGGAAUCAACUCCAGAUAUUAAAUUAGAGAAUACACCAUCCACCCUUGGUAUGGCAGAGGAUCAAAAUGAGCUGGUGGGGGACGAUGAGGAUAGGAAAAUUGACGCAAGUUCAGAUGGGUAUCGGUCUGACGACAUAAAUGAGGCGGAAAAUUACGUGGAUGCCUCUCCUGCAAUGGAACCAGAAGCUAAAACAGGAAUUGGUGCAAGAAGCAAGAGUGAUGAUAUAAACGUUUUCAUGGAUGAGAAAAAAGGGGGGGAUUCUAACACGCAUGAAGAAUCGGAGAAGCUUGAAGCUCAGUGCUCAGCUUCAAUGUCAGCUGGAAAUUCUUAUCCUUCAGAUGAUGACAAUAAUUCAUUUAUUGAAGGAAGAUUCAGUGUAUCUUACUCCAGUCCUCCAAGCAAUUUGACUAAAAAUGCCCCAGUGAAUGGGGAUGGAGCAGCCGAAGUGCAUAGUUUCACAGAUAGGGUAGUUGACCGCGGCACUUAUACACAAGUUCUUGGUGACAGAAACUCUGACAAUUCCUUUGAUGCCUCAACAUCUUAUAUCUUGGACCAUGAUACUGAUAAGAAAAACAGUUCUCAGGUAGUGAAUCCAACAAAAGAUACUGAAGAUGGUGCAACAGAAAAUUUGUCAAAUGGAGGGCUUGAAACACCAGGUUCGGUUAUUUUGUCUACAGAAGCUCAGUACUCAGAAACAGCAGCACUGCCUGAUGCUAGCACGGAUGAGAAACUGAUUAAUGUGAAGCCUGAUUGCAUAGUCGUGGAAGCAGAGAAUGCCAUACCUUUGACUACAGAAAAUAAGCCUGCUGAACCAGGAUUAGCAUUGGUUGGUAUUAAUUGUUCUGAAGUAGAAAAUAAACCUGUAGUACUGUCUAACAGAUCAGCUCGUGACUUGGUCGAAGAUAAAACUCCAGCGGAUUGGGUUCAUUUUAACACUUUCAGUAAAAAGGAAGUUGCUGGUGCCCCUCUUGACUUCUUCUCUAGAACCGCCAAAUCUGAUACUUCAGAGUCAGCAUCAACAGAGGAGGCUUACUCACAUUUCACUCCCUUAGGAAAUAAAUCCAUUUGUGAAGUUUCUAUUGAGGAAAAUGGCACAUGCCAUGAUGCACUUGGGUCUCCAUCUGAGAAUGCACUGAAGUUACAGAAUGAAUGUUAUAACAAUGGUGAUUUAUGCCAAGAUAAGCUAGGAACUAAUGAAUUCUCAACUGAGAGGCAUCAAAUUGGGAAAGAAUCCCAAAAUGAAUCAGCAGUUUACCCUACAAGUUUCAACCUUGAGUCACAUGAGCCUUCUAGUUCUGAGUUAUUAGAUAAAGCUGAUGGUUCACUUUGCGCUGCACGAGGAGAAAACCAAUUGAAUCUCAGUGAUGACACAAAUGAUCUCUUAACAUUGAGGUUAAGUGAUCGAGAAUCAGAGUCAAAACAGCCUCCUCUGGAACAUCUUUCGAACGGUACUGAAGGGACCAUGCCAUCUGGUAGCCGUUCGCCCUCAGAAUCUGGAUCCCAUCCUGAGAAUGGAUUUGAAGACAGCACUGAUCAAGUCUCUGAAGGAACUCAUCAUCAACCAUUGGGUAAUGCAGAACCUGUAAAUCCAUCUGCAUCCUUCCCACUGUCAGACAAUGAAAAGCCGCCACAAGAUCCCCAAAACUUGGAUGAGGAAACGGUGGAGCCCUGCACUAAUCCAUUGACUACACAACCAAACACAGUAACUGAGAUGGUUCCGCAAGAUAUCUCAACUCCGGAGGCAAAUACACUCUUGCAUCUACCUUCCCAAGAAGGUGAGAACUUUCAGAAAGCUUCUCUUUCUGGGGUAGAAAUGGAGCCCAUAUUAGACUUACCCAAGCCUUUCCGGUAUGCUUCUCUACCUUCAGAAAAAGAGGCAAUAUACCCUCAACAUUUGCAAGCAGCGGCACUAACUAGAGAAGAUGAUAUACCUUUCGUGGGACAACUGAUACAGCCUCAUAUUUCACUCGCCACACCGAAUGAUGGUUCCGAACAUGGUCUUGUAAAUCUAGAGGAAGAAAUGUUGGAUGAAUAUGGGAGGCCGAAUGGAAUUCGCAGAACCAAGAUACCCCGCGGUCCCCGCCCACCUGACGCUCUCAUUGAGGCGGUUGCUUCUCAUGACAAAAGCAGGUUGAGAAAGGUAACAGAACGAGCUCUGUCUCAGCUUCAACCAAAGGAGGAUGAAAGGAAUUCAUUGCUAGAGCAGAUAAGAAACAGGUCGUUCAGCCUGAAACCAGCAGCUGUGACAAGGCCUAGUGUUCAGGGUCCUAGAACCAACCUGAAACUUGUCGCCAUUCUGGAAAAAGCAAAUGCCAUUCGCCAGGCAUUAGCUGGAAGUGAUGACGAUGAUGAUGAGGACAGUUGGAGUGAUUCUUGAACACUAACUUGUUGUUCAGACCCUUCCUUCUAGCAGUGAUCGUACCAGAUAUAAACUGAUAUAUCAAUCUUUCUCGCUAGUUCUUCAAGCGCACACGACCGGGAUAACCGAGUGUACUCAUAGAACACUCCCCCAAGUCUCAAUCCUGCUAGGCUAUAUGCAUCCCAUCAAAUGUACAGAAUAGAUACUAAUAAUUGUAUUCUAUUCGAUUGUAGUUAGUAUUUUUUUACCCUCAGCAAUUCGCUUGUGGGAUAAAAUGACUAUGGAUGCAUGGCAUACUGCACUAGUUCCAUACCAUAUAUUAUAUAAUACCAUACUAUACCAUAUGUAGAGAGCAUUGUAAUUAGUUAGUUUAUAAAGACAUUUCCACUGUAAAACAAUUUUUCAACCAAGUGUUGCAAAGUUCUGAUACUAAAUAUUCAUCAGAUUGAGUUCAUA